CUUUUAUAUUUUUUAUCAAUACCAUUGUUUGAUUGGUAUGUCAAGUGAGCUAGUACCUCAAGUGUUAGAAGCUCUUUCUUCACUCUAUUCUAAUUCUGAUGCGAUAACCAAGAAGCAAGCCACUAAAUGGUUAGAAACAUUUCAAAAGAAACCUGAAGCUUGGAAAGUAGCUGAUCUUUUGCUUAAUUCUGAAACUGCCAAUAUUGAAACUAGAUUGUUUGCUGCUCAAACCCUACGACAAAAGAUCACUUAUGAUUUACGUGAACUUGACGUUACUGCCAAAUAUUCACUACGAGAUUCACUUCUUCAAUUAUUAUGGCUCUCAGCAUCAGGACCUAAAUCAAUCAUGGUUCAACUUUGUCUUGCCCUUGCUGAUUUAGCUGCUCAACUUACGGAAUGGAAGACGGUUGUCCAAGAUGUCGUUGAUAGAUUUGGUAAUGACCCCAAGGUUGCAUGUUGUUUAUUGGAAUUUCUCAAAGUAUUACCUGAAGAAUUAUCAAAUAAUCGGCUACCACUCUCAGAUAAGGAAUUUAAAGAAAGGGCAGCUAAUUUGGUAGAGACUAACGCAGAACAAGUAUUAUGGUUAAUAUCGAGUCAUCUUCAAACAAGUGGUGGAAAUGUCGAUAUUGAUGAAUCAGCUUUCAAAUGCCUUUCAAGUUGGUUACGAACAGGCGAUGUGGAUAUUCGAUUUCUUGCCUCCAAUCCUUUAGUUAACAUGGUUUUUGAUGCCCUGGCUGUGGAUGAUCUCUUUGAUGUAUGUACUGAUGUGGUGUGCGAAAUAUUAUACGAAACACGCGAUGUGGUGAAUCUACAAAGUUUGAUUGGAGUACUAUACCCUCGAUUUACACCAAUGUUAGAAUUACUCAAACAAGCAAAAGCGACCGAAGAUGUGGAUAAGAUGCGAAACUAUUGUCGAAUGUUUAUCGAAGCAGGUGAAGCUUAUGUGUCUUUAAUUGCUCAACAACCGGAAAACUUUAACAUACUAUUAGACGGUAUUAUAUCUUGUACUGCUUUUGAUGACUUGGAUAUCGCCAAAAUGACCUUCAAAUUCUGGUAUGAACUCACCAAUACCUUGACUACUCCUCAUUAUCAAAACGCUAUUCCUCGCUUUUACAAUUAUUUCGAUCAAUUAGUGGAUAUCAUCAUCAAUCAUUUACAUUAUCCUGAAGACUUCAACGACUGGACUGCGGCUGAACGAGAUGAAUUUAGGGACUUUCGACAUGAAAUGGGUGAUACUCUCAAGGAUUGUUGCCGUAUAUUAACACCACAGAAAUGCCUUUUCAAACCAAUGGCUCAUCUUUCCAAACUUUUGACAACCACAGAUCCAUCAUCUACUCCUUCCACUUGGCAACAAAUUGAAGCCCCAAUUUUUUCUUUGCGUGCUAUGGGAUCUGAAGUACCUGCCGAUGAACAUGAAGUUAUGCCUCAGAUUAUGGAAUUUUUAUCAAAACUGCCUGAUCAUCCCAAGAUUCGAUAUGCUGCUACUUUGGUUAUCUCACGUUACUCUUUUUGGACUCGGGAACAUCCUCAAUUUAUUACCUAUCAACUUAAUUUUAUCUCAUCCGGCUUCCAAAAUGAAGAAGUUGCUGCUGCGAGUGCUCUAGCCUUGAAACAUCUUUGCAAGGAUUGUAGUGAGCUUUUGAUUGACUUUAUAGGCGAACUACAUCCAUUCUACAUCAAUGUUGUCAAAACUUUACCAUUCCAAGAUGCUCUUGAAGUGACUGAAGCUAUUGCUCAUGUGAUGGCUGUAAUUCCCAUUUCUGGUUUACAAGAUGCCUUACAAUCCUUUUGUCUUCCCUUGGCUCAAGAUCUACAUUCCAUUGUUAUUAAAGGAAAGGAUGCUGUGACUGAAAAGGAAUGUAUCCAUGCUGGAGAUUUACUUGAACAAAUUGGUGCCUUCUUUGCCAUCAUAUGCCCCGAAGUUCCCGCAAAUCAUCCUCACCCUUGUGUAGGUUUCGUGAAAGAAUUAUGGCCAGUAUUUACAAUUUGCAUCAAUAAUUUCGGUGGAGUACCAACAAUUGCUGAACCGUUAUGUCGAUGUUAUAAAGGAUGUAUUCAAUCUUACAAGAAUCAUUUUGUCCCUCUUCUUCCUCAGUUGAUGGAAGACAUUGUCCUUGGAUUUGAAACUACUGGAUUGGGUGUUUAUCUUUGGGUGGCCAACAAGAUUAUUAAACAAUAUUCAGUCGAAGGUUCAGAUGGUGUGGCUGCUUGUUUUGGAUUGGUUGAACGUCUCAGUAUGAUUGUAUUUGGAAAAUUAAACGGACAAAAGUUGGAAGAUAUCCCAGAUGUUGUUGAGGAAUAUUUCCGUAUGGUAGUUGCUUUCCUGGAAUCAUCUCCUACUCCUCUUGUCCAAAGUGACCUUUUAUCAUCCAUCUUUCAAGCUGGUCUUGCAGGACUCUCUUUAGAGCAAACAACUGCUCUUUCUGCUGUGAUCCAAUUUUAUCGUCGACUCUUGGGUAUUGCACUUUCUGUAGAUGAAUUGGUAGUGCCUGGUAACGUGACUCAUCGUUCCAUGUUUGGUCAAAAUGGUGUACGCAUUGCUACUCUUGUUCGCCAAUUUGGUGCUGGUUACGUCAAACUCUUAUUCAAUGGAAUGAUUUAUCAUUAUCCUUGGGAAAUGAUCUCUGAUGUUGCCGCUAUUAUGAAAUCUUUGGCUCAGUUACUUCCUGAUGAAAGUGCUGAAUGGUUGACAUCUCUGGUGAAUGAAUUUCAAGAUAUCUCUAUCUCUGAAAAAGGUGAAUUUUUGGAAUCGUAUAUGAGUGCUGUACAAGGGAAACAAUGGACGAAAGUACGAAGAGUACUAUCGGAUUUCGUUACGGUGUAUAGAAGAAAGCACACUAGUCGUAGAUCUACCUAAAAUUUGUUAUAGGAAUUGUAUAUGUUACUUUGUUGUUGUUGUUAUUAUCAUCAUCAUUACCCCUUGUCAUUAUUUGAAAUUUAAUAAAAUGGUUGGAAAAUUAUAAGUAUAUAUUAUUAUAUGGAUUCCAUGACCUUUUUA